AUGGAGCCUGCGACUGAGGAGGCUGCACCCUUGCCGCAAACACUCCCUGCCAAUCCAAGCCCGGAUGCUGUUGAGGCUGCAUCAUUAUCCACAAGCGGUCCCAGUGCCAGCAAGGGCCACGAUGACCAUAAUGGCACGGUCCACCCUUUACACAAGGAACGUCCUAUAUCUGGUGUAGUCCCUCCAUACUGGAGUCACUAUCGCAAUGCAUCCCGUUCAUCUCAAGCGUCCCUCGACCAAUCCGGGGCCAUCACCUUGGAAGACCAUACGGAAGAUCCCAAUUCAGACACCAGUCGGGGUCUCUGGGCCAAAAGCGUCAUCGUUGACGAUUAUGUGAUCGUCCAAGGGAAAUCUAGCGUAGGGGCUGGAGCGUAUGUGGUGUGGAACUGCAGGAUUCAGACUUUAGAAGGCGGUUCGAUGGUCAUUCGGAUGAGAUAUUCCGAAUUCGACGACCUGCGGCAACGAUUGCUCGCUGCCUUCCCCCAUGCGCAAAGUGCGCUGCCCGCUCUCCCACCGAAGAGUGUGCUUUUCAAGUUCCGCCCAUCGUUCCUCGAAACUAGACGGAUUGGACUGGAAUACUUUCUGAACUGCGUCUUAUUGAACCCUGAGUUCUCUGGAUCCCCGAUCGUCAAGGAUUUUCUCUUCGGCCGGUCGUGCUGA